AUGAAUUCCGCCUCGUGUGAGAUGGUAGAUAUUCUAGGCACGCCUCCAGGCAGAUAUCUGGGGACUAGAAUAAUACACUUAGGUUCCGGCAGGCGAAUGCCAUGUACUCAGAAGCUCUCCAUGUCUGCAAAGAUUGGAGCCUCGGGAAGUCUCGCCGCGGCCAGGAUGGAUAUUAAGAGACAUGUCAUCGACAUCGUCUCUUUCCCCAGGACCCCAUCACUCCACAGCAAUAAUCACAACGUCCAAAAUGACAUUUGCAUUCCGGGACACCUGCUCAUUAAAGCGCAAAGUGAGUGGCUGCAGAUGGGCUUUGCCGAAUGCCUCGCACUCGACAGCAGAAACGACCAAGACAGCAUCAACCCUGCAUCGCUCAACGUGCGUGCUGUUUCGCCUCCACGCGUCCUUGUUGUCCGGCCACUGAAUCGUGUAGACUCAUUUCAAUUGGAGGAGAAGCGUCGUUUCGGAGCAACGGCCGCAGUAAUGAGUGCCGACAAGUACGCGCAUGGCAGGGUAGUGCUGGGCAAUAUCAAUGGCAAGAAACCGCCGUGCCGGUCAAGCAUCUGUCUUGAAGAGCAAGUCAAAAGAGCCACCAUGCCGCCUAUGCGCUACUACAGCGGCGACUGGACAGACAUGGCCAACGCAGACACUGGCCUAGCCACACUAUCCGAGGCACCAGAACUCCCACUGCGCGAGCACUUCAAGCCGCCGCCCAGUCCUACUCGCAGCGCUCAGGGAUUUAGUGGCCAGCCUGUCGACACCGAUCAAUAUGAAAAGCCCCCUCAGCGAAACACUCCCGCUGACCACGCCCAACAGGCGACGACGACUUCGCCAAUUGCGUACAUGAGAGACCUGCAAAAAGUCAUUGGCUACCUUCUACCUUUUCCAGAGCCUCACUUGUCUGAGAAUGCUCCGAAGGAUCGUCAUAUGCCAGAGCGCUUCAUGCUUUACACCCCACCGCAUCCACCCUUCCUCACGAAGCCCGAGGGAGAAAGUAAGACAGAAUCAUGGAGGAAGGAAGGCAUCUCCCACUUCUGCAGGAGGAAGUGGGUUGAAGAGCUCAGAGAGGCGAAGAUGCGCACGCCAAAGGACGGAAAGACUACCAAGUUCAAGCGUCUCAAAUGGCGCGCUACAAAAGGUACAGACUGGGGCAUUGACAAGACAAAGUCCUCCAACUUGGACUUCCUGAACCGUAUCGCACGCAUGCAGGACGCAGCCAAUGAGAUUGCCGAAGACGUGUAUCGCAAGACUGUCAGCCCCGAAGAAAUUAUGUUGCUCUUCCCUCCUGGUCUGGUCAUGGAUGUCGACGGCCCUGGUGGAGAGUUCUUGCGGGACGAAUUUAUCGCCAGUCUCCGUCGUACCAAGAAGAGAGCAAUGCGAGAUUCCAUCAUUGCUGCGCUGCUGUUUCCCCCGGCAAUUGUCGUUGACACCUUGGCCGUCCCGGUUUGGCCCUUUGGUGGCCUGGCAGUGACAAUUUCAUCAACACUAUUCACUAAUACAUGCGCAGAGAUUGACGCUGUCUGGUUUUACGCAUCCUUCCGUGGAGCUAAAACUAGCCGCAGCAUCACUAAGCGCCUUGAGAUUGCUGAUACCGAGAUCAACUACACUUCUGUCUCAAAGAAAGAUGUCGAAAAGCGCAAGAACGAGCUGCGUCUCGACUUCACCCCUUCUCAACGCGUUGACGUUCUCCAGCGCUACCUUGCCGCGAAAUGUCACGAGAAUGAUGGCAAGCUGUUUCCAGAAUACGUUCCACCGCCAAGUGAGACGCACAUCCUCGAGGCGAUUGGCUGGACACACAGCGACGACGUUGGGGACGGAACGCCAUUGUCCUGGGAAGACAAGCAGUGGGAGCUGAUGCAAAUCAAGGAUGAUCUUGACAGGACUUUCACAAAGGCAGCGAAAGAAUGGGCGAAAUGGUGCAAAAGAUGGGAGAAGAAUCCUGAGAAAGCUAUCAAGAAUUUCACAGUUGACUUCAGCGAUCAGUGUCCGUCAAUGCAGACCUAG